ACGUAAUACGUGGGCGGGGAAACCCGGGUCAGGUUGAGACCACCCGGCUGCCGUAGCUAAAUUCAGGAAAGACGUGUUUACAACUGCGCAUGUGUGGUUGUCUGUGUUGGAGUUGUUAGUUCCCCAGACCGGUGCCUGACGGUUGCCGGGUUCAGUAAUCGCUGGCGCGGGAUUGAGGAGCGGUAGGUGGCUGGUUUGGCGUACCUUGGCCGGGGAAAGCCUUUAGUGGCCUCUGUUUUUCUUCAAGAACACUAAGCCUUAAGUCUGUGUCAUCAUCACGCUGACUAGGAAGUCAGUCACGCUGUACUCUGUGGGGUUUACUUCUGAGUAGGCUUGGAACUAUGAAGAUUAACCAGAAUACUAUAUUGCAGGGGAAGAGAGUGACGCUGGUACCAUACACACCUGCUCAUGUGCCCAGGUACCAUGAAUGGAUGAAAUCUGAAGAGCUACAGCGCCUGACUGCAUCUGAGCCACUGAGCCUUGAACAGGAAUAUGAAAUGCAAAGCGGUUGGCGGGAGGAUACAGACAAAUGCACAUUUAUCGUGCUUGACACAGAGAAGUGGUCUAGGCAGAUAUCCACAGAGGAAGACUGCAUGAUUGGAGAUGUCAAUUUGUUUCUCACAGACCCUGAAGAUCCAACACUGGGAGAGAUUGAAGUAAUGAUUGCAGAGGCCAGCUACCGAGGUAGAGGGUUUGGCAAGGAAGCAACUCUGAUCAUGAUGUCUUAUGGAAUGACACAGCUGGGACUUGCCACAUUUGAAGCUAAAAUUGGACUGGAAAACAAAACCAGUAUCGGCAUGUUCAAAAAGCUUCAUUUCAAGGAGGUGGGAGUAAACAGUAUCUUUCAGGAAGUGGCACUGAGACUGAUCGUGGAUGAACAAGAGAGGCAGUGGCUGCUUGAGCAAACGAGCCAUGUGGAUGAGCAAAACUACAAUAUAGUGAAACUGCAGAAUCGAGUGUGUGACAGCUGACAGCAUUUCUGGAACCACGAACUCCUUUCUAACUUACUAUUAUGUCCUCAUGGAGCAGAAAAUGCUGUGGGAUCUGUUCUGGAUCAGGUUUCAAACAGCCUUGCUCUUGCUCACCAUAUUCUUGUGUACAUCCUUAAAUCAGAUGUCCAGGAUAAUUGGAAUGAACUACAUCCUCCAGUGGGGGAGAAAAGAAGAACUCUGCAGUACUGAAGUUGGGUUUGAGCAAUAGUUACUACCACAGCAAAUGCCAAACUGUUGCUUUGCAUGUGGACCAUGUGGGUGUAAAGCCUGUUCCCCCAGAAGCACUGUUCUGUCCUCAGCCUGAAAACAUUACCUGAAUGUGUCUGAAUUAUAGUGACACUCAGCCACAGGAGAGUUAGUCUUGUCCACUCUCCUCUCCUACAAAGUGACAAAACACUGUAUACUUGAAAUAUAUCCAUAGUAAGUCACAUGAUCAGAGCUUGUUUCCAGUCCCCUCCCCACCACACAACACAACCAGUUUAGGGAUAGCUAGCAUUCCUAGGGUUAAUAUAGCAGCAGUCAUAUAAAUGGGAUAUUGUAGUGGUUCUUCUCCACUGUCUUGCCAGCAGCGGUGUUUGCAGAAACUCACGAGGAACUUAAUAGGCCACCUUCAGAGCAUUACAGGCUCCCAUUCAGAUCACUGGAUAUUAACAGAGCCCUCUUUCUUUCUUUCUUUCUUUCUUUCUUUAAGCUAAGAGGGCAUUUAGGAACAAGAUAUAACAUUAGGCUAAUGAAAUCUGACUUGCUCCUUUAUAGCAGUUCAUCUGCCUUCUCUUACCUCUCAGACUGACUGAUUUCUGGACUUAGGUGUGUGCUGUGCUGCAUUAUUUUUUGCUGGCUUUUUCACAAGAAUGUAUCCAGUUCAGAGUUAUGAUGUGAUGUUGGUCUUUCCUGCAUAUAAAACCAGUUAAGAAGAGCAAGGACUUGGGCAAGUUGUCAGAUUGGCAUGGAAUUUCCUCAAUACAACCUUACACAGAAGUUUCAACCCAAUAGCUGCUUUUAGACACGGCCAAAAAGAAGUAGCUGUUUGCAUCAGUUGAAAGUAAACACAGAAUUUCUGAUAGAUGUGAAGAAUUAUAUGAGGCUAUAUUCACAUAUUGUUUUUGCAUUUGCUGCCCUGGAGAGCCUAACCUACAACUAUGGACAUGACUCCAUUGUGUUAAUUAUAGGUAGCCGGGUGCUAGUCCAGACCCGACUUCCCCAAUUGAUGUUUAACUGACAAAAAGCAAUUAAAAGAGGAAAACAGGUACUGGCUCUAUCUGCAGUUUGGCUUAUACCAGAAUUUCCCUACCUGUCACCUGGGAUCAAAUGGAUCUGUCUCUGAAGCACAUUAUAAGGCCAUCUCUGUCCUUCCUCGCUUUCCUUGUGAACAAAUGGCUUGGUUGGCCAGAGAGGAAUUCUUUGGUAGAGGUUGCCUGAAGCUGAGGGGAGUGGGGGUCCACAGCAGAACCUUGUAUUCUGACUUUUGUGGAGGUGCAGCAGCCUCGUACUGCUGGUACCAACUUCUAUUGUGCUUCUGCAAUCAUUUCUUCCUUCAGCUUGAAAGAGCUGGUGCUUCUUGAGAAGCCUGCCCCUAAUAACGUCUACUAUAGAUUACUUGUCUGCAAUUAAUGGUCUUCUGGACUGCUCUGACAGGGUCUUCAAACUGGUGGAACAUGUGUGCCACCUUGACACCAGCCUGGAAAAAGGGAAAAAUACAAGGAAGAGCAGAGUAGAUAGUGACACUUGCCUCAAAAACAUAGCCAGGGCUGCCAAGAAUGUAUAUCACCUCUUCAUAGUCUGCCUGGGACAAGCUUAACUCAACAUGUCAGGAUUUCCAACUGCUAGGCUGCUGUAGCAUGCAAGCAGCUCCCAUAUUUCUUCUCUCCUAAGUGUCCUCACUGGAAGUGGCUUGCUCUCAUUCUAAUAGGUUAUCACGCCAUUCCCCUGAUUUAUGGUGACUCAGUGAAAACAAAUUGGAUCCCAACUUGCUGUAUGUGAAUGGCCUCCCAUGUGGAACAGGCUUCCCUCAACAGGGAAGCCAUGCCCUGAAUAGCCUUCUCGUGACUUAGAUUUAGUCAUAACACAGUCAUAUAUUUUUGAAAAUCCCCAAGUUCUUGGUUGCUGGGAUUGCAUUCUCUCCAUCCAUCUUUCUCUUCUUCAGCUGAGACAGUGCUGCAGACUUCUACACUUCCCCCUUUUUCCCCCUCCACUUCUCUAGUUUUGCUUAGUCAUAGCUUAAACCUUUUCACAAAAACUCAGUCAUCUCAUAAUCCUGAGGCUCAGUGUCUGAAUGAUAGCUCUCAGAGUAGACAGUGUAGUAGCUGUAAAGACAGAAGCACAAAGAAAACACAAUGUACUCAAGAUAAGAGAAGCCUGCAUCAGUCUGGAAAAACAGUUAUCUACCCAUGGAGCUUUCCCAGACAGUAGGCUUUACCGUGUGUUUACUGCGAGGCUUUGUGGGGGUUUAUUUAUUCUGGCUAUAAACACUCUACCCGCUAACAUGCAGUGAAAAACCAGAAUUGUGUUUGAAGUGCUUCCCGAUAGAUCACAGGGACUUGGGGGUAAAUUUGGCCGAUAUGUGAAUGCACACCUCCGUUCCAGAGGAGAUGUGAGUGAAAAGCCAGCUGUGAAAAAGCUCAGGGAGAGUGGGAAAUGGAUCUGAAAAGGCUGAUGUUAAUGCCAUGAAUUAAUCCAGUUGCAGAAAAGAUCUAUGAGCAGCUACACACACAGGCUCCCAGUCAAGUAUACAAAUCAGUUGGGACUAAAUUACACAUUAAAUGAGCACUUUGAGCCUGCAUUUUUAAAAAAUUAAAUUAAGCAGGGAAGGGAAGGGAAAUCAGAAUUAGGCUGUGGUGCAUGUGGAGGGACAUGUAUGCCUUUGCCACUGAGCUGCAAUCCUAAUGAUAAAUAUACCCUUGAAGCUGCUAUUGGGGUGGGGAGCUUCUACUGGCAUUUGUGCACAAUGUGGCGAUGAGGACUUUUUCAUCCCACCCAACAUCAUUCUUUUCUUUCUCCCACAGUUUUUACUUUUUCCUUAAUGUCCGGUCAGAUAAAGAGUGUUGAACUUGGAAGCUUGCAAACUAUUUCUUUACUUUUUAAUUCACCUUAGUAAAGGUACUGUUUAUUAA